AGAAAUCACAUGGAAUAAAGUGUUAAAUUGUGAUAACUGGAAUUUAUCAGGCUGAGGGUUUUGCUGGAGGAGCAGCUACAUGGUUAUAUUUAUGUACUGAAGGGAGAUGAAAUGGUUAACAGAGGAGUGUUCAUAACUUCUCUGUGUUUGUGCUCCUCCUCCUCCUCCCUCUCUCUCUCUCUCUCUCUCUCACACACACACACACAUACACAGAACCAGGAAGUUUCAGGGAAAACGAGACCGAUCUCUCUCUGUCUGUGAGUUCAGGAAAAUGGCUGAAGCCAGUAUUUCAGUAGAUCAGGAUCAGUUCAUCUGUCCAGUGUGUCUGGAUCUCCUGAAGGAUCCGGUGGCUAUCCCCUGUGGUCACAGUUUCUGUAAGGUGUGUAUUAAUGGCUGCUGGGAUCAGGAGGAUCAGAAGGGCGUCUACAGCUGUCCUCAGUGCAGAGACACUUUCACUCCAAGGCCUGUUCUACGCAGAAACAACAUGCUGGCUGAAGUGGUGGAGAAACUGAAGAAGACUGAAGUCCAAGCUGCUUCUCCUGCUCACUGUUAUGCCGAACCUGGAGAUGUGGAGUGUGAUUUCUGCACCGGGAGAAAACACAAAGCCGUCAAGUCCUGUCUGAUGUGUCUGGCCUCCUUUUGUGAAACUCAUCUGAAACCUCACUAUGAAGUUCCUGCUUUGAAAAAACACACAUUAACUGAUGCCUCUGGAAAUCUACAAGAGAAGAUCUGCUCUGAACAUGAUGAAGUGUUGAAGAUCUACUGUCGUACUGACCAAAGGUGUAUUUGCUCUUUGUGCAUGUUGGAUAAACAUAAAGGCCAUGACGCUGUAUCAGUUGCAGCAGGAAGAACUGAGAAACAGAGUGAGUUAAAGGAGGAUCAGAUGAAAUUCCAGCAGAGAAUCCAGGAGAAGCAGAAGAAGGUGCAGGAGCUGAAACAGGCUGUGAACACUAUAAAGCUCAGUGCACAGACAGCAGUAGAUGACAGUGAGAGGAUCUUUACUGAGAUGAUCAGCUUCAUGGAGAAAAAGCGCUCGGAGGUGACGGAGCUGAUCAGAGCUCAGGAGAAGGCUGAACUGAGUCGAGCUGAACGACUCCUGGAGCAACUGGAGCAGGAGAUUGCUGAUCUUCAGAGGAGAGUCACUGAGCUGGACCAGCUUUCACACACACACGAUCACAUCCAUUUCCUCCAGGCUUUAGCUUCUGGACGUCGGUCUCCUCCAUUACGAAGACCAGAGUUUGACACGUCCAGAAUCACUGUCCCUCAACAUCUGUCAUUUGAUGGAGUGAGGAAUUCUCUCUCAGAUCUGAAGAAGAGACUGGAGGAAUUCUGUGAGGAGGAAUUCAACAAAAUCCCUCCACAUGCUGCAGCAGUUCAGAUCAUUUCACUACCAGAGCCACAGAGCAGAGAAGAGUUUCUGAACUAUUUCUGUUAUCUGACUCUGGAUCCCAACACGACACAUCCUAACCUCAUUCUGUCUGAGAACAACAGAGUGCUGAGAGUCAGUAAGAGUCAGCAGCAGUACUCUGAUCAUCCAGAGAGAUUUGACUACUACAGACAGGUGUUGUGUAAGGAGAGUGUGUGUGGACGCUGUUACUGGGAGGUGGAGUGGAGUGGUAGUGUGUCCAUAUCAGUCUCAUAUAAAGACAUCAGCAGGAAAGGACGGCAUGAUGAGUGUUGGUUUGGACGCAACAAUCAGUCCUGGAGUCUGUGGUGGUGUUCUUCUUCUCUCUCUUUCUAUCACGACAACAUUCAGACUGAUCUCAGAGUUCCAUCAUCCUCCAGAAUAGGAGUUUAUGUGGAUCACAGUGCAGGAACUCUGUCCUUCUACAGUGUCUCUGACACCAUGGAGCUCCUCCACAGAGUCCACACCACAUUCACUCAGCCCCUAUAUGCUGGAUUUGGAUUUGGUUAUCGAUCAGAAGUGACGUUGUGUGAUCCAGAAUAAGAUGUAUCUGGUGUUUUGUGGUCAGUAACAAGUAGAAAUUGUAUCACAAAUGAUCUUAUAGAAAAGUGUUUAAUUUCAACAAGAUUCCACAUUAUAGAGAGAUCGCUCCUGAUCACCGAAGCACUAAAAUGUAAAUCUAAAACCCACACAGAAUAUUCAUUCUUUGUAAUGUGGUAAUCAUUUUAUUAUCCACAGACACUUACAGAAGUGAGGUUUAUAGGUUUUUAACAAUUAAGAAACUUAUUUUAAUGAAACAUUUAUAAACUUUACAAUAUCCUGGUUGUGUAAGUAUGUACAGCUUUAUAAUUGGGGGUGUGUCUGUGUUCAGAAUAAACCAAUCACAUUCAAUCUCAUGUACAAAAGUAAUUAUCAUCAGCUGUGAAUGUGAUGUUAUUCGGACAUUCUGGCAAAAAGUGAUAACAUUAAUCUCUUCAAUUAUUUUAAAACCAAUUCCAGUGACUCCUGAAAUGUGUGUGUUAGGUCUAAUUCCUGUCGGUAUAUCAGGAUCAAGAUACCAAAUUAAAAUGAUAGACAUCUGUUUAGUUCUUGCAAGAUGGUCAAUAGCAUUUUAUUGGAAGAAAAUAGAAGGUCCAUCAUUGGUUAAAAAAUUUAUCACACUGUAUUGCUUUGGAAAAAUUGACACACAGUAUUAAGGGGAAACUUAAAGAUUACUAUAAAAUAUGGAGAGAGAGUCCUUGCACCGUAGGUGUGGAAGCCCUAUUGUUUUCUUUAGAAUUUUAUAUUUAUUUUUUUAUUUUUUUAUUUUUUUCAAACUUUCAGGGUAUUUUGGACCCCUUAACAUGCUCAAAAACUCUUGAAAAUCAGCAGACAGGUUGGAAUCUGCGGCCAUUAGGACGUCACUGUGGCUCGGCCCUGGGUGUGGCACACACCCGUUACAGUGCCCCCUGGAAAAUCUUGCUGCAUAGCUGAUACACACUUGCACGUAUCCAUGUACAACUUGGUACACACUUAGAUCUCAUUGAACUGAACAACUUUCACACUGCAUGUCAUUAAGUCUAAUCCACAGGAAGUCAGGUAUUUUGAGUUGAUUGCAAAAUGCACCCAAUGGAAUUUGAAAUACUCCUCCUAGGGAAUUGAUACAACCGCCACCAAACCCAGGCUAAUAUGAUCUCAAGACAUUGAUACAACCGCCACCAAACCCAGGCUAAUAUGAUCUCAAGACAUUGAUAAUGCAAAAUUGCGAAGGGAUUUUCGAUAUCUCAAACGGUUCAGCCGUGAGAAGCCCUUAAACUUAUGGCGAAUAAAACGAAACAGGAAGUGGCUAAUAACUUCUGUGUACAUUAUGUGAUCUACAUGAAACCUUAGCAUUUUGUUAAGCAUUGAAAGCUGAUCACAGUGAUAUGACAACUGUGAGUCUCGGUCAUAGCGCCACCAACUGGCAGCAGGAAGUGUGUCACUUUUUGAAAUCUCUAAUAUUUUCUCCCUUACUUUCACCUGAUUUGGGUCAAAAUCAGUCAGAAUAAUGUCAGGACAUGGCUGAUGUCAAACUGUGAAGGAAUUUCUGAUACCUUGAAUCGUGUUACUAUGGUGACGAUUUAACUGAGAACAUAAUAGAAGAAAAUGAAUCUUCUCAUAUCUUACGAGUGGAAAGGCCUAAUGUUCCAAAAUGUUUCCCAUAGAGAGUGUAAAUGUUUAUGAGAAAGUCCAGUGUGGCUGCUCACCGGGCGUGGCACAGGGCUGUCACAGCGCCCCCUGGAACUUUGUCAGAAAUAUAGAUGCACAGCUUAUAUUCACUUGCACGUAUAUGCAUGAGAGCCGGUAUACAUUUAGAUCUCAUUGAGGUAAAUGACGUUCAUGCACCUGUCAUGGGAUCUGCUUAACAGGAAGUCAGUUAUUUUGGGAUGUUUGAAAAACGCACCCAGUGGAAUUUGAUAUACUCCUCCUAGGGGAUUUGUAUGAUUUUGACCAAACAGGGUCCAAUAUGAUCUGAAGACAUUGAGGAUCUAAAAUUGCGAAGGGAUUUUUGAUCUCAAACGGUUCAGCCGUGAGGAGCCCUUAAACUUAUGACGAAUAAAAGGAAACAGGAAGUGGCUAAUAACUUUGGUGUCUAUUGUGUGAUGUACAUCAAACCUCAAGUUUAUGUUAAGAGAAGAAAGCUGAUCACAUGGACAUGACUACUGUGAGUGUCAGUCAUAGCGCCACCAACUGGCAGCAGGAAGUGUGUCACGUUUAGAAAUCUCUAAUGUUUUCUCUUCCU